CCCUGUUGAAAAUAAUAAUGGGCUUAAAGAGAUGUUGUGUUAUAUUACUUGGUGCUGUGGGAGAGAAGGAGUUAAUAAAGUGUGACUCUUGGGUUUUUUAAAAUUUAUUUGUAAAUACAGUAGUUUUAAGCUUCACAUAAUCUUACUCUCUUACAUUCUCCAGAAGAAAAUAAACUCUUGAUCCAUAUUUGUGAGUGGGUGUUCUUUCAGUAUAUUUGGGCUUGCUAGUGAAACAAAUGUCAAUAGGAUUUUGAAAAUGUUUCAUUUUAUGAAAAAUAGGCUUGGAGGAAAUCAAAUUACUAUUGAAUUAAACUCUAGUGAGAGAUUGACAGAUGAGGUUCAGGACAUACUACUCCAAAAUAUGGCACCUUGGCAUAUUGAAUAUUUUAAGCUGAGGGAGUUUGAGAAAACAGCAAAGCUGAGAAGUCACUCUGACCUCCCGCACUUUGCCCUCCUUCCUUGAAAUAGGCCAUAAAAUCAUCAUGUGAGAGGUGUCCUCCCUAUACCUGGAGGAAAGAAGCAUCCUUAUCUUCGAAGACAAAGGGGCAUGAAGAAGAAUCCUAAUAAACAGGCCUUGCUCAGUUUCCCCCACUUUACUACCCUUACCUCAUACUCAACCUGUCGUUCCUCUGCGAAUGUUCACCUUUCGUCAAACCUAGCAUAAAACCGGAAUUGAUUUAAACGUGGUCAUGCUUCAGGAAUCCAAAGUUUAUUAUAUGAAUACCAGUCAACAAUCCUGUUAUAAAAAUGUGCUUAUCCCAAAGUGGCAUGAUAUAUGGACACAGAUACAGAUUCGGGUAAAUAGUUCCAAACUGGUCCGAGUCACCCAGGUGGAGAAUGAGGAGAAACUGAAGGAGCUAGAGCAGUUUAGUAUCUGGAACUUUUUUUCCUCCUUUUUAAAAGAGAAAUUGAAUGACACCUAUGUUAACGUGGGUCUAUACAGCACAAAAACCUGCCUCAAAGUUGAGAUUAUAGAGGAAGACACCAAGUACAGUGUCAUUGUGACCCGGAGAUUUGACCCCAAACUCUUCCUCAUUUUUCUCCUUGGACUUAUUCUAUUUUUUUGUGGUGACUUGCUGAGCAGAAGUCAAAUCUUCUACUAUUCCGCUGGGAUGAGUGUGGGAAUUGUGGCCUCUUUACUAAUCAUCAUUUUUAUGCUGUCCAAGCUUAUGCCCAAGAAAAGUCCCAUUUACAUCAUCUUGGUAGGAGGCUGGUCCUUUUCUCUGUACCUCAUUCAGCUAGUUUUUAAAAAUUUACAAGAGAUCUGGAGAUGUUACUGGCAGUAUCUUUUAAGCUAUGUCCUUGCAGUUGGAUUCAUGAGUUUUGCAGUCUGUUACAAGUAUGGGCCCUUGGAGAAUGAACGAAGUAUCAACCUGCUGACUUGGACCUUGCAGCUGAUGGGCUUAUGUUUCAUGUAUUCCGGUAUCCAGAUACCACACAUUGCCCUUGCCAUUAUCAUCACUGCACUGUGUACUAAGAGCCUGGAGUACCCUAUUCACUGGCUAUACAUCACCUACAGAAAGAUGUGUAAUGCAACAGAAAAGACUGUCCCCCCUCGUCUUCUGACAGAAGAAGAAUAUCGGAUACAAGGAGAGGUAGAGACCCGAAAGGCUUUAGAGAAGCUUAGAGAAUACUGCAACAGUCCAGACUGCUCGGCUUGGAAGACUGUUUCUCGAAUCCAGUCUCCAAAAAGAUUUGCUGACUUUGUGGAAGGAUCUUUCCACCUCACACCAAAUGAGGUUUCUGUCCAUGAGCAGGAGUAUGGGUUAGAGAGCAUUAUUGCCCAGGAUGAACUCUAUGAAGAAACAUCCUCUGAGGAGGAGGACUCAGAUUCUCGGUACCCCCCCGUCACACAACAGAACAGCUUCUUGACUUAGGUGGUCGUCAGUUAUUUUUAUGUGGAUUGGCUUGGUACCUCAAUGGUCCAGGUUGCAUGUGUUGCACAAUUGCUUCUCAAAUCUUGGAAGUAGGGUGAGAUAGUGCUGAAAUUCUCCCGCUGAAAUUAGAGGCCUGAGUAGACCUCCCUCUGGAAAUGGUCUUGGUGGUCUCUGGGGUCCCGAGGAAGCAGAGUGGUUAAAGUAGUGACUGCUUCCCAAAACGUCCCAUUGGUUAAGUUCUCGGCCCACCUUUAUAUUUCCUAAGAAACUGGAUUGCCACAGCUAGCAUGGCAUUCCAGCUCCUCUUUGGAAGUUGAUUCAGUCGUGGCAUUUCAAACUCAGAAGUGAUAACUGUUACAUGUGAAGUAAUGCUUUCAGACUAUAGGCUGCAUCUUUUCAGAGACAAAUCUGAGCCUCUUUUACUUCUGCUUUUAUUUCAGUGACUUUAGCAUAAUUCUUGUUUUAACUGUUUUAAGAGGAAAAUAGAUUAUUAUUUGUCUGUCUUGUUUUUUAAGUGAAUACAUUUUAAAAAAAUGUGACAAACUCGUUCCAGAGCCAACAAGUGCUCCAGAGUGACAAGCCCCAUAGGCCCCUACAUAUUUAUUAAUAUGGAUUAUCCAUUAAAGCCCAAGGAGUGUUGUGCUGAGCUUUGGAUUAGUUCUCACACCUAUGAUAUUCUAAGUCCUGCCUGCAGGCCUUUCUGUAGAUGAGGUCUGUUGGGGUUUUUAUUAUAUUUAACUUUCAAUUCUAUUUUAAAAAUAGGUUUGCAUUCUUCCCUUCUAAGUCCUCGUUGCCCCCUUUGCCCUUUCAGGAAGGGUCUAGUCCCUCACCUCUGAAGUAUGUACAUUUCAGUUUGUUUCAUUUCUUAUAUUCUUUUCCCUUUGGUUUAUAAUAGCAUUGUUUCUGCUGGUUAAGAGAAGUGAUCUUAUUUAGGGAAUUUAAAUGCUUUUUAAGGUUCUCCAUUUUUCCUGUCAGUGGGUCACAUAUCUUUGAAUUGCUGUGGGAUCAAGAAACAAUCUCCUUUUCCUUUCCCUUCCUUUGUCUACCCAUUCUACCUAUUCUUUUCAGCCUUUCCGUACCACCUGUAUCCCUCCCCACCGGAAGUCUGGCUAAUUCGUGAGCCUGAAACUAUCUAUGAAGGUUCUUGAUACAAUAUACACGUUGUAGCUAUGUGGCUGCUGCAGUUUGCAUUGUCAGGAGAUAGACCUCCAGAUAAUCCUUAUGCCUCUGGGUGCUUGUUCAGCCAUCAGGAGCAGAUGCACUUUUCUGUGAACUUAUUGUACUUAUUUACAAUUCCAUUUCUUUUUUUUCUUUUUUUUUUUUGUUUUUUGCGGUACGCGGGCCUCUCACUGCUGUGGCCUCUCCCGCUGAGGAGCACAGGCUCUGGACGCACAGGCCCAGCGGCCAUGGCUCACGGGCCCAGCCGCUCCGCGGCAUGUGGGAUCUUCUUCCUGGACCAGGGCACGAACCCAUGUCCUCCGCAUCGGCAGGCGGACCCCCAACCACUGCACCACCAGGGGAGCCCUACAGUUCCAUUUCUGACCAGAGGUUCAUGCUGCCUUUUAUUACAGUGGCAUUGUUUUCACUUUCUUUUGCCAUUGGAAAGUACCCUUAUAUACAAGCAGUGCCAUUUAUGAGGGAGCAAAUUCCCAAGUCUCUGUCAUUCGCUUGGUUCUGUCUUUGUGAUCUUCACCCUCGUACCUUGGAAAAAGCUAUAAUUACUUUAUUCAGGAAGAUAGACACUUAUGGCAGGAGCACAGCAUUGGACUGACUGGCUUACCAUGAUAAUGGAGAAGGCAGAUGAUUUUUUAAAAAGCUGUAAUGACUCUUUCAGACCAGCCAUUAACAGAUAAUGUUGAAAGGUUCUGGACUCCAUUACAGACUUCCAAAAUGUCAGUUCUGAGGUUCCCCUCCAGGUGGCCAGUUGAUUAUUUUCUGCCAGUGUUUCCCACAGCUUUAAAUUGUCCUAAAGUGACAACUACCUACCUCAGUUGGCAGCAAAUAGACAUAUAGCAGAAAGUGAAAAAUAAGCAGUAUUUGGACAGAUGCCAUGGGUUAAAGUUGCUUUAUAUUAGGAAACCUUUCUAUCUUUGUGAAUUAUGUACAUGGUAACAUUUUAUCUCUCUACAAAGAACUGUUAAAACCUCUGAAAUUUACUUUUUUUUGCCUCAUUAAUAGAAAUCGAGACUUAGCAUAUUUGAACCUAAGCUGAUUUGAAAAAAUAAUUCGGCUGUACAAAUGGUCUCAGGAUUCCCUGGAGACUUUGGUGCCUUCCCCAUAUAACUGCUUAGGGACAUGGCUGCUUGCCUCCAGUGUGACUUUUCCUGACUCAUGUCUUUAUUUCAGCAAGAAAGCAUUGCAAAGUAGAGAAAGGUUCUUGUCUUUUUCUGUUUAGUAAACUCCUUGUGAUAUACAGUUUCCAUCUCAAGAUGAGUUUUUCUCACUGUGUUUGAAUUUGGGAUGAUUAGAAUCAAACUCGGUUUAUUACUCCCUGUCUGGUAGUUGGAGAAUUGAGCUGUAGGCAGUGGCAAUGACAAUGGGUCCUGCAGCAUGAGAGCUGCUCUCAGACAGUGAAGGACCGUGCCUCUGGUGUGCUGUGUGUCCUUGCCCUGUCUUCCUGUGUGGCUCUGCCCCAGAUGCUUCAGAGCCUCUGUGCGCCUAGAGAUUGCUUGACUCCGUAAACCUUCUUUAGGAGCUGUUCUUGUCUCCCUUUUGGCCACUUAGUCUGCUGGCUCAGUCACUACUUGAAGCCCCCACUUAAUUUUCAGUUACAGCUCUUGCAGUUUCAGCAUAGUCUCGUCUCAGACCGAUCUCAUCAAGAAGGAUUGAAGGGAUAACUGUGGAGUGAGCUGGACAUUGGAGCUACGUCUGCUGCCAUGUCAGCAUCUUGCUCGGCAAAUAUCAAGCUGUAAAUUGGCCCUAGGGCUCAGGGUCCCAUCAGCAUCAGAAAUCUAUUGCCCCUAAUGGGUCCGACGAAGUUGUGUAGAGCAUGACUCCCAUUAAUGGGAAUACAAGAGCCAACUGGCCUAAAACAUUUCCCCUUCACUUUCCCACUCAGAUUACUUUCAGAAGACCCAUGGAGCCAAUGACUGAUAAUAAGGAAAAUUUAGCAACUUUGAUAUCUUCUAAUAAGAAAUUCCUAUCAGCCACUUCAUCCCACCAAAACUAGUUUAUUUCUCCCCUCAAAUUCAUGACCUUUAUGUUAGUUACGGGAUUUUGCUGAUGAUAGACUUUUGAGUCCCAGUGUUCCAUUUUGUGCUAGUACAUCCCAUUUUAGGGCCUAGCCCUGUCUUCAUUGACUGUGUUCCCUUCAACCCAAUCCCCACUUUACAUAUACAAUAGAGAGUUGAUGAAUGAAAGGACCCAAAUAGGCCAGAUAGUUCCCCCAGGCCCUGAUAUCCAUAAAAGGCUUGGGAAUGGAUUAUGCAAUUGCCCUCAAUCUUUUUGUUGUUCCAGAAAAAACGAUGGGCUCAGAUGGAUGCCUACGUAAAAAUGGUUCCUAGCUAUGUACUCAUAACUUUUCUCUGAAUUGAGCAGUGAAAGUUGAAGUAGGAGAAAAGGAAAUUAAAUGUUCUUCUAGUAUUCCUUUGGACUCAGGUCUGACAUAAGAGAUAAUAACCUAUAUUGAAAUGCCAAGAAUUUUAUCUGAACCAAGGAGAGGACAGUUUGACAGAUUUAUUAUGCCUUCAUGUUACAUAGGCACUGAAACCAAGUAAUAAACAUAAAAUAGCCAUUGCACAAGGCAGAUGCACCUAAAACCUUUUGUUUAUGUUUUGAUAUAGCAGAAAUUGAUUUUUAGGGAAACCUAUGCAAUUGUGGUGUUUCAGGGGUAUCUCUUGGUAACUUAGCUUACGGAUUCAGUUGCUAUUGAGUUGGAUUCUAGACAGUUAUUACCUUGAAAAGGGAGUUUGGUGCUUUAUAUGAUGGGAGCCAGAGCCUGCUGGGAAUAAACAAAGCAGAUUCACACCAGUGUCAACACACAGCUUUAGUGGGGAAGGGGAUGGCACACAGUAUCCCCAAAUUUGGGGCUUUUGUCUCCCAUACCCCCCGCCCAUGUGUCUCAUUUUCCUUUUCACACUCUUGACAAUAACUUGAAAAUGGUGAAACUACCUUCUCUGAAAUUUUCUACAGCAUGGGCAACAUUCUUUUCUUAUUAACAUAAUAGAUAGCUCAUAAUGUGAGUGUUAGAACUGUUACAGCCUGCAGCUGCCUCCCUUUAUCGUUUCUAGAAUUGAUGGUGAAAUAGGGAGUUACUGGGUAAGUUUUAGCCUGUGGGUAAUGCCUUAGUGUUAUUUUAAAAGAUUUGUCAUUUAUAUUUAAAAUAAGUUCAUGAAUGUUUGAAAGCAACAAAAGGAUCAGGGAUGACUCUUUGCCAUGGGUCUCAUUUUCACUCUUUCCUGUAAGAAAAAACGAUGUCUUAUUAUAUAUUUUUUAAUUUUUAUAGUACAAGUUUGUAAGUAAUCCCAAUUUUAAUAAAGUUUUAUAGACU